GCGUAUGACGCCGACUCCUCACUUAUAAAUAGGAAAAUUAGGGCUGCUGUCUAGGGUUUUCACUUUUCUUCUCCAGAUUAUUUUCGAUAAGUCGCGUCUCUCAACUUUAAAAAAAAAAAAAAUUUCUCAGCAACGAGAUAAUUUUUCCUCUAAAAAUUUACUUCUUUUUAGGGUUUUCAAUAACUGGCUAUUGGAUCUUCAAAGGGUUUUUGAAAUAUAUAAUCGGAUUAAGUUCUUAAUCUGAUUGAACUUUUAAAGUUUUUUUUCUUAUCUUCUACGAUUGUCGAAUCUUUAGUAGGGAUAAUUUUUCAAGCGUUAAAGGAAUCGAUAUUUGGUUUGAGAUUUUUUAUAAAAAAAUGAAGCGAUCGCGGAAAUCGAACAGGGUUUCUUGGGCUCCAGGUGUUAAUCUUUGUCAGGUGAAGCUGUUUCUGAGGGAGGAUUGCCCCUCAAAGGUUGGUGGCCAACGUCAAGAUACUAUUCAAGCAAAAGCGUCAUGGACAUCGCAUCCCAGUGGCAUGUCUGCCAAUGACCUUCCCCCUGGGUUUGAAGGUUGUCAUUACACAAGUGCAUUGAAGUGUGAUCUGGCUAAGAUUCCUAGGAUCCAAUGGAUAAGCCCUCCAAAGUUUGCCCUGAAUUUUAACUGGCAAGUUGCAGCUGGGGAAGAGAGCAAGGAAGUGGAGGCUCAAAAACUGCGAGAAAAGAGAGUGCUUGAAGCAGUUUAUCCUCGCAUCUCCGUUAUUCCUCCCAAUCCUGUUUCCCUGAAUGUAGAAGUUGAGAGCUAUGAUGAUAGUCGAAUUCCCCUUGUUCCUCUAACUCCAAUUGAAGAUGAUGAAGAGGCAGAGGUACCUUCAGGCAUUGCCACACAAGCAAAAUCUCCCUCUAACUUUGAGACAGUAGCAUUGCUAAAGCACCCAGGUCUGUCGAACUCUGGAACCCAUAAUAUGCCACAUUGCCCUAGUUCUGCUGCUGGGGCGCCCGACAUGUUACCUGGUGUAAGUUCUGAUGUGAUGACAGCUGCUUUGGCCGCCUUAACAGCAGUCGUGAAAACCAAAGAGCAGGGAAGUUUGGUCGACACUGAUUUGCUCGUUAAAAUCCUUAGUGAUCCAAAGAUAGUUGAGAAAUUAAUCCACGAUCAUGGACAUCCAGUUGCUGCUGCCGAUGGCAAUGUGGUAAGUACACCUGUACACACUUCAGAGCCAGAAACGGGAAUAACUUCUUUACCCUGCUCAAAACCACAAAUGCCGGCUGACAGAAACUCGAACCACUUAGUAAAAGAGUUCCGACCUGUGUUAAGUACACCAGCUUCCUGGGCUGACAUAGUUCCCAUUUCCAUGCCUAUGAGAGUAGAGUCAUCGGUUCCCUUAACCAGUACAAAUAUAGAUAUGAUAACUGCACAUAGGGCAGCAAAUGGUAAUGCUUACACAAUAAUGAACCAGGUACAACCUUCUCCUAGCAUGAUGCCUGUGCAGCCAGCCAUUAGUUCAACAGCCAUGCAAACAAAUGCUGGUGUAGCUGUGAAGGAUACUAACUAUUUUAAGAACCUGAUAAGGGAACAUGGAAGAGAUAAGGAAGAAGAUAAAGGGCAUAAUAUGUCACAAACCGUAAGUCACAUUAAUCACAUCCAAAACCUGAAAGUUGUAGAGACCUUAAAACCUGUGGCAUUGAAAACCAAGUUUCGAAAACCGUGCAUGUUUUUUAACAGUUCAAAGGGUUGUCGUCAGGGGUCCAAUUGCCCCUACCUGCAUGAUAACAAGUCAUUACAGUGGCAAACUGGGAGAACCUUGGAAGCUCCGAGUGCUAAGAGAAUGAAAUUAAGUGGGGAAAUUACUGGCAGGAUAUAAUUAAGUAAGACGGAUAACCUUCUUUUAAAGUGGAGAUUUUUUGCCGGUGUAAUUACUCUUCUUUUUGCUUUCGAGGUUUGUAUAGAUUUUUCUCUUUGGUUAGUCUUUGAAAAGAGAAUUUAGCGCAUUACCAGAAAAAAAGAAAAAGAGAGUUUUUAGAUGGUUUGAAAGUUAUGUGGGGGAAGGGUAAGUAUUUCAAAAUUUAGGUAGAAAAGAGUCGGAAAUUAAAAUCAGAGAACUGGUUUUUAAAUGGUAAAAAUGAUGGCUCAAGCUUCCCUGGUUUAUUCCAACAGUAAAUGACCUCUCUUAUUUGACUCAUUGUAAAAAAAGAAGUUUAGGAGUGUUCGAUUAUUUUAAGCUUGAAUUGGAUUAUUUCUAGUUUGACUCAGACCAUUUGGGUUUGUUGGAUAAAGUUUUUUGGGUUGGGACGUUUACCACUCACGUUAUUUUGGGUUGACUUUCAGUGUUGUCAUUUUAAGUUAUAUGUUAUUUUUGGGAUUUGGCUUAGAGGUUCAGGUUCUUGAUUUUUUAUUAUUAAAUUAAGUUGAAUCAAGUUCAAAUUUAAAUUAAUUAAAUCGAGUCUAGUGUUUAGAUCGAAAUAUCUACCAAGCUAUAUAUAAUUGAGAAAUGAGUCACUAGGAUGUAGAUAUUUAUUUAAGAGCCUUCACUGUAAAGCAUGCAAGCUCAGUCACACCAUAACCAAAAUGGUCCCAAAACUAAGAGGACUGAGCAACCAAAUUGUCCCAAGCGUCUAGGUCAUUGUCAAGUUUAAAAUAGCAGUCAAUGAAACCAAGCCAUAGAAAUCAUCCGGGUUAAUGUAAUAUUUUUCUUAAACAAACUGCUCAAAUUAUCGAAGGCAUCAUCACCAAACAAUCAACCGGCCCUCUGGAUAUUAUACGUCGCAACCUAGAAUGGCUUUUGCAUCUGCCCUCGACCAAAAGAACCUGUACACAAAAAGUUUGUAUAAUUUGCAAUGCUGGUUUAAACUAAUCAUAGUAACCACGCUAAGACUUGAUUGUAGUAGUGGCUAAGUCUGGAUAUUAUUGUUAAUCAUCCAUGACUUUGCUAAGGUUUUCAUCUAGCACUCAAAUGAUAGGGAUUCAAAUCUUGUCAUCUCUCUCUUUCCUUAUAUGAUUUAAAAAUAUACAAUAAUCACAAUUGGGGCAUGUCUCAAAAUUAAAUGAUACAACAUGCCCAUAAGUGUAAAA